AUGAAGACUGCAGGAGCUAAGGGAAAGGGAGAUGGCUUUGUGGAGAAGCACAACAAGGCCGCAGCAGACAUCAGGAAGAAGCGUCAAGAUGAAUCUGCCGCAUCAGUCAAGUCAUCAUCUGAUGAAGAAGAAGAAGAAGAAGUAGAGGCAGUUUCUACACCUGCCAAGAAAGAUUGCUGCCGCCAAGCUGCCGCCAAGAAGCCCACUGGCAAGCCUCCAUUGCCUCCAAGGAAGAGGACCAAAAAGGGGGAUGCUGUGAAAGCUCCUGAGCUCGUACCAGUCAAGAAGGAGACUCUCAAUGCGGCCAACCUCAAAUGGACUGAAGAAGAGGAUUCCAUUUUGGCCGGGCCUUCCGCAAAACCACAACAAACCUUGUCAAAGGUGCCAAAGAAAAAGGAGAUGUGUUUUGGGGAAUUUGUGUUUGAACUACAAUGCAAUCCGACAGGAAGAAGAUCCCCAAUUGACUGCGAGGAACCAGAAAUCAUGCCAGAACCGUUGUCUCGGCACAUGUUGCCUUGUAUGAACCACUUCAUUGGUUGCUGGCGCUUUGUGAAAAAACCCUUGAAGUCUGGAUGGUCUGAAGAGGACUACAUCAAUGCUGCAAUUGCCGAGUACAAGGACAAACUCAAUAAGGAUUUCAAAUUCGCCGGUGUCUUGGAUACCUUGAAGGCACUUCCUAGAUUUGAUCCAAUAUCAGUGACGAAGAGGCAGCUGAUAUUGAGAAUCGUGUUGUUGAUCUUGGAUCCGAUAAGGCUGCUCCUGCUUCUGAUACCAAUGAAGUCGCCUCUGUCAUGGGAACUAAUCAGCCUCGUCCUACUGGAAACAAACAGACGAAGCUCAGUUGAAGAAUACAUUGGAUAUCAAUCUUAUCGAGGACCGAAGAUUGCUGCUAUGGAUCGUAUGACAAUUAGCAACCGUGAACAGAAUGCGAUUCAAGCCAAGAAGCGUGCUGUCUCUCAGGCCUAUUCGUUUGCCAAGACCUUGAAAGAUUUUGGCCGUAUGGAUGAAGCGAACCAGAAAUUGGACGAGGCCAUGAUUUUGGAAGCGACUCCACUUGAACACUUUCUUAUGAAUUGUGCCCCAACCACUGUUACUGCUACAGGAACUGCCAACAUUCUUUGA